CCUCACCCACUCAGACAAACUUAGAAAAAAGCAAACACUUUGAUAUACUUAAAUUCCUUGGUCCUCCUCCUCCGAUCCUCUCAACUCAUCAAAAUGGCGAUGGCAUUCAAGAUGGCGACAACAGGGAUGUGGGUGACGGAUGAGUGCAAGAACUCAUUCAUGGAGAUGAAGUGGAAGAAGGUUCACAGAUACAUAGUGUUCAAGAUCGAUGAAGGCUCAAGGCUUGUCAAAGUCGACAAGGUCGGUGCUCCCGGCGAGGGCUAUGCCGAUCUUGCCGCUUCCUUGCCUAAAGACGACUGCAGAUAUGCCGUCUUCGACUUCGAUUUUGUCACGGUUGAUAACUGCCGCAAAAGCAAGAUAUUCUUCAUUGCAUGGUCGCCAACGGCAUCAAGGAUAAGAGCUAAGAUUCUAUAUGCAACAUCGAAGGAUGGUCUGAGAAGAGCAUUGGAUGGAAUCAGCUAUGAGCUUCAGGCCACGGAUCCAGCUGAGAUGGGAUUCGAUGUAAUUCAAGACAGGGCUAAAUAAAAUAAAGUAUGCCCUUUUUUUCUUUUCUUUUUUAUCUUUUUUCAGUCUGAAAAUAUGGGACUACUUUAUGUUAUGUCCCAAAGCUAAUCAAUUAAUCCACCAAUCUCACUCUCUUUUAUUAAAUCAAGCGGGUAAAUUAAAUUACAAUUACUCCAAGCUAAGCCAAUGACUGUGUGCCAUGUGCCACCCCCUCCCUUCUUAGCUAGCUUUGAAUCUGGGACCAUUGUGAAUAAUAAUGUGAGUGGGGGUGGCAUCUAAUUAAUCUUCCAUCUUUAGUGUCAUGAUAUAAUAAUUGAGUUAUUUAUGUGUAAAAUAUGAGUGUCGGGUGUAUGAUGAGGACAUCAAAACUUUGGCUGUAAUCUCUUUUAAUCAUGAAACACAAUUGUUCAAUGGAAGGAAUGCAUUAUUAGCAUAUAACUUUUGACAAGCAAAGUUUAUGCCUUGCCACAUAUGUAAUUAAUGCUUUUGCAUUCUUAUAUAUAUUCAUCCUUAUCCCUUAA